AUGGGCUAUGAAAUUGUUCGUCAAGAAUGUAUUAAAGAACCUGGAAGACGAAGUAGAUUAUGUGAUCCAGAAGAAGUCCAUCAUGUGUUGAAAAAUAAUGCAGGAACUGAUGAAAUUGAAGGCAUAGUAUUAGAUCUGUCCAAAAUUAGACAUGUACACUUGAGCAUUGAUACCUUCAAAAAGAUGUCCAAUCUAAGAUUUAUAAAAUUCUAUUCGCUCAAGGAUAGGAGAUCUUGCAAGGUGGAUCUGUCUUCUGGCCUUGAAUUAUUAUCUGAGCGAUUAAGGUACCUUCAAUGGGAUGGUUAUCCUUUGGAGUCUCUACCAUCCUCAUUUUGUCCAGAGAAACUUGUUGAACUUCGCAUGCGAAACAGCCGAGUUAAAAAACUUUGGGAUGGAGUGCAGGAUUUUGUGAACUUGACGAGAAUAAAUCUGGCUGGAUGCAAACAAUUGAUGGAGCUACCUGAUCUUUCGAAGGCACAGAAUCUUGAAUCCGUGGAUCUUGAAUCAUGCGAAAGUUUGUGUCAUGUUCACCCAUCUAUCUUAUCUUUACAAAGACUUGUUGCUUUGAAUCUCAAUAAAUGCAUUAAACUGAAGAAACUUCGUGGUGAGAAUCCUCUACAGUCUCUCCAAGAGAUUUAUCUCAAUUGGUGCUUUAGUUUGACAGAAUUUUCGUUGCCAUCACAAGAAAUCGCGAGCUUAAAACUAGAAACCACUCGCAUUGAGAUGUUGGACUCAUCAAUUGGGCAUCUCAGUAAGCUUAAACAGUUCAGUGUUAAUGGUUCAAGACUGAAGAGCCUUCCAAUAAAUGAGUUAUGCUGUUUAAGAUCUCUGCAGGAGCUACGGCUUUGUAAUUGUGAGCAAGUAAUUGACAAACUGAAGCUGCAUAUUCUGUUUGAUGCCUUGCGGCUUUUACAAAAACUACAUUUGGAUGGGUGUCGGAACUUAAUUGAACUUCCUAACAAUGUCAAGCAUCUCUCAGGGCUAAAAGUUCUUUCUUUGAAGAAUUGUGACAGACUACAAUCUCUACCAGAGCUUCCACCAUCCAUCGAAGAAUUAGAUGCCGCCAACUGCCCAUCCUUAAGGACAAUAACUCUCACUUCUCGGGAAUAUUCUUUGUCGCCAGAAGAAGGAAUGAUGGCUUUAACACCGUAUCCCUCAAUUGGGUAUCUUAUGAAACUUAGAAAGCUUCGCCUUAAUGUCUCAAAUCUGACGAACUUUUCAAUUGAGCAGCUAUGUUAUUUGAGAUCUCUUAAGGAGCUCACUCUUCUUGAUUGUGGACCAGUGAUUGGUAAGUCAAACCUGCUCAAGUUAUUUGAUGCCUUGCGCUCUUUGGUAGACCUUUAUUUGGAAGGAUGUAGUAACUUGCAUGAGCUUCCUGACAACAUGAGCUCCUUAUCAUCGUUAUAUUUAGUGGGAUUAGUACGAAGCAAUGUAGAGUACUUUCCUUCUAGCAUCAAGCAUCUCCUGAAGCUAGACUACAUUUACUUGACCAAUUGCAAGAGGCUUCGAUGUCUACCAGAACUUCCACCAUUCACUAGAUACGUGAAGGCCACUAAUUGCUUAUCGUUGGAGGUUGCGUUCCCUUUAACAACUUGUAGGCCGCAACGGAAAUAUCUAUUGGAGUCCCUCUUUCUUGAAAACUGCUUGAAGUUGGAGCAUUCACUUUCCAGUAUUGAAGAAUAUGCUUACUUGUCGUUGAAGCGAGCGGCGUAUCUCAAUCGAACUGGUGCUUUUUGUUACCCAGGGAGAAAAAUUCCAGAGUGGGUUAGAUAUAACCAGACAACUAAGGCUUCAAGUUUCAUAACCAUUGAACUCUCUUCAUCUGUGAACAAUUGUUGGGCUUUGUUUUCUGCUCUGUUCUUCCUCAGUUCACGUCAAAGCCAAAUUGUCAGAGUUACCUGA